UAAAACGAAAUCGCACACGAAGGGAAUCAUUUGGUCGCGAGACCGUGAACAGUGCAGAUACAAAGAGCACGUCGUGCAGCUUGCAAAACGAUUUGAUUGAUAAAUUAAAGAAAAUAUCACAAUGCCUCCAACGGUUUCUGAUUCCAAAUCUGUAGGGAAUACAGUGAUGGAAAAAAUAGAGAAGACUCUAAAGGAGCGGAUCAUGAUAUUUGAUGGUGGUAUGGGAACGAUGAUUCAGAUGCAUCGCCUCGAGGAAGAAGACUUCAGAGGAGAAGAGUUCAAAGAUCAUCCUAAAAGUCUUAAGGGGAAUAAUGAUAUACUUGUUCUAACUCAGCCCAAAAUUAUAUUGGAUAUUCAUAAGGAUUAUUUAGAAGCUGGUGCAGAUUUUGUGGAAACAAAUACAUUUAGUGGGACCAGGAUUGCUCAGGCUGACUAUGGAACAGAACACUUGACAUACAGAUUAAACUUUGAAGCUGCAAAAAUUGCAAAGCAGGCAGCAGAAGAGGUUUCAAAUAAAACAGGCAUUCCAAAAUAUGUAGCUGGUGCAAUGGGUCCAACAAACAGAACACUGUCAAUAUCUCCCUCUGUGGAGAAACCAGAGUAUAGGAACAUCACUUUUGAUGAACUGGUUGAAGCAUACACAGAACAAGCCAAGGGACUGAUAGAAGGAGGGGCUGAUGUGUUACUGGUGGAGACAAUUUUCGACACAGCAAAUUCCAAGGCAGCACUGUUUGCCAUUGAAGAACUGUUUCAGAAAGAGAACUUUGAGUGUCCCGUGUUUGUGUCUGGAACAAUUGUAGACAAGAGUGGUAGAACUCUAUCAGGCCAGACCACAGAGGCUUUCAUUAUCAGUGUGUCUCAUGCAAAUCCUAUGUGUAUUGGAUUAAAUUGUGCGUUAGGUGCCAAUGAGAUGAGGCCUUUCAUUGAGGCAGUCAGUAAAAAUACAACAGCAUACACAAUAUGCUAUCCAAAUGCAGGAUUACCAAAUACAUUUGGAGAUUAUGAUGAAACCCCAGAGAGCAUGAGUGAACAACUUUCAAGUUUUGCCCAGGCUGGCCUGCUGAACAUUGUAGGUGGGUGUUGUGGGACCACACCCGAACACAUUAGAGCAAUAGCAGAAGGGGUUUCUCAGUUCAAACCAAGAAUUCCACCACAGGAGCUUAGAAAAGACUUCAUGAUGCUCUCAGGUCUUGAGCCGACAUAUAUAGGGCCAUACACUAACUUUGUGAAUAUUGGGGAGAGAUGUAAUGUGGCAGGAUCUCGAAAGUUUGCCAAACUUAUUAAAAAUGGAGAGUACGAGGAAGCCUUAAGUAUUGCAAAAACUCAGGUAGAAAAUGGAGCCCAAGUCCUGGAUAUCAACAUGGAUGAAGGGAUGUUAGAUGGAGUGGCAUGCAUGUCCAAAUUUACCAAUCUCAUUGCUUCAGAACCAGAAAUCUCAAAGGUGCCCCUCUGUAUAGAUUCCUCAAACUUUGCUGUGAUAGAAGCAGGACUGAAAUGCACUCAGGGAAAAUGCAUUGUAAACAGUAUUAGCUUGAAAGAAGGAGAGGAGGACUUUAUAGAAAAGGCCAGGAAGAUCAAACUUUAUGGUGGUGCUGUUGUAAUUAUGGCAUUUGAUGAGCAAGGACAAGCAGCAGACAGGAAAAGGAAGUACGAAAUUUGUGCGAGGUCCUACAGAAUACUUGUGGACAAAGUGAAGUUUAACCCUAAUGACAUAAUAUUUGACCCAAAUAUCCUCACCAUAGCAACAGGAAUCGAAGAACACAACACAUAUGGAGUAGAUUUCAUCAUGGCAACCAAAGACAUCAAGGAGAAUUUACCAGGGGCCAGAGUUAGUGGAGGUGUGUCUAAUUUCUCAUUUUCCUUUCGUGGAAUGGAUGCUGUUCGAGAGGCCAUGCAUAGUGUGUUCCUUUAUCAUGCAAUCAAGAAUGGAAUGGACAUGGGUAUUGUGAAUGCUGGAUGUCUGCCCGUUUAUGAUGAUAUUGAGCCCAAGCUUCUGGAACUAUCUGAAAAUUUGCUGUGGAACAAAGAUCCAGAUGGGACAGAAAAACUGCUAGCAUAUGCUCAGAGUAUGGGAAAAGAUGCCAAGAAGGCAGCAGUGAGUGAUGAAUGGAGGAACAAAAAUGUAGAGGAAAGACUGGAGUUUUCUCUUGUUAAGGGAAUAGACAAGUAUGUGAUAGAUGACACAGAGGAGGCCCGUCAGAACCAGGAAUUGUACCCACGACCUUUGAACGUCAUUGAAGGACCGCUGAUGAAGGGAAUGAGUGUGGUGGGGGAUCUAUUUGGGGCAGGGAAAAUGUUUUUACCCCAGGUGAUCAAAUCUGCCCGUGUCAUGAAGAAAGCUGUGGGUCAUUUGAUUCCUUUCAUGGAAAAGGAAAAAGAGGAGCGAAUGAAAAAGACUGGAGCUGUGGAAAGUGGAUAUUCUGGAGUUAUUGUCCUGGCAACAGUAAAAGGAGAUGUCCACGACAUUGGCAAGAAUAUUGUGGGAGUUGUUUUGGCUUGUAACAAUUUCAAAGUCAUAGAUCUGGGUGUAAUGACACCAUGUGAAAAGAUUCUUCAGACAGCCAUGGAGGAAAAUGCUGACAUCAUUGGUUUGUCUGGACUCAUCACCCCCUCCCUAGAUGAAAUGAUUUACGUUGCCAAGGAGAUGGAGAGGAUUGGAAUGAAGGUCCCCCUUCUGAUUGGUGGAGCCACUACCUCAAAGACCCACACAGCAGUUAAGAUAGCCCCAAGAUACAAGUCACCCACCAUUCAUGUAUUGGAUGCCUCCAAAAGUGUGGUGGUGUGUUCACAACUACUUGAUGAGGAAAACAAAGAUGACUAUAUAGAUGAAGUGUCCGAGGAUUAUGAGGAAAUCAGGACAGAUCAUUACAGUGGCCUUAAAGACAGAAAAUAUUUGUCAAUUGAAAAGGCCAGAGAGAAGAAGCUCUCUAUAGACUGGACCAUAUCUCCACCAGCUCCACAACCCACUGUAAUAGGCGUAAAAACAUACGAGAAUUACGACCUAUCUCGCCUGAUUCCAUACAUUGACUGGAAACCUUUCUUUGAUGUAUGGCAGCUCAGAGGGAAAUACCCCAACAGAGGGUAUCCCAAGAUAUUCAAGGACAAAACUGUGGGUCCAGAGGCCAAGAGAGUUUACAAUGAUGCCCAGAACUUGCUGAAAACGAUAACCACCACCAACAAGCUGCAGGCCCACGGUGUGGUGGCGUUCUACCCCGCCAAUAGUGUGGGGGAUGACAUCGAGGUGUAUAACAAGGACGGGGAGGUGAUAGAGGUCCUUCAUGGACUCAGGCAACAGGCAGAGAAAGAAGCAAUGGACAAAUCUCCAUAUUUAUGUUUAUCAGACUUCAUAGCUCCUAAGAGUUCUGGCAAGAAAGAUCACAUUGGCUUGUUUGCAGUGACUGCUGGUCAUGGGGUGGAUAAAAUGUGCAAAAUAUAUGAAGAGAAGUUUGAUGACUAUGGAAUUAUCAUGGUCAAAGCUUUAGCUGACAGACUUGCAGAGGCAUUUGCUGAGGAGUUGCAUGAGAGAGUGCGAAAAGAGAUUUGGGGUUAUGCAUGUGAAGAGGUGUUAGAAGCCAACGAUCUGCACAAAAUUAAAUAUCAGGGUAUAAGACCAGCACCUGGUUACCCUAGCCAGCCUGAUCACACAGAAAAGGAAGUGAUGUGGCGCCUCCUAAAGGCUGACAAAGUGGGGAUAACUCUGACAGAAUCCUUAGCAAUGUUCCCUGCGGCUUCUGUGUCUGGAUUAUACUUUGCUCAUCCAAAGUCAGAGUAUUUUGCUACAGGAAAGUUGCAGAGGGACCAGAUUGUUGAAUAUUCAUCAAGAAAGUCAGUGGAUGUAGCAGUGACUGAAAAGUGGCUAAGCUCAGUGUUGGCUUAUGAUCCAGAAUAAAGAGGGUCCAAAUUAUUGAUGCAGAAUAAAGUUUUCUAUGUGUAUAUAUUUUACAUAUUGAAAAUGUGGAUCAUAAACUUUGGUGAUAUCAAUGUUUUCACACAUGGUUCUCUACUCAUGUGGCAUAGUAUUUCAGUCAUAAUCAUUAUUUAAAUUUUUACAAAUUUGAAUUAUCUAUAAGUGCUGUCUUUAAAGACAGCAAUAGUAUGUAUUAAACAUAUUUAAAACACAUACAUAUAUAAGUGUAUUUUUGAGGGAAGAAUGAAGCAGAGACAAGAAUGCUUCAGGACUAUCUAUAAUCUAAGAUGGCAUGUAUAUGUAUUGUGAAAUGAAUUUUUGAAUGAAAAUUGUCACAUCCUACUAUGUAGGUAUAACAAAUAAAUAAUUAUAUUUUUAAGUGCAAAGAAUGUGAAUUAAGCAAUUAAAUUAUUUAAAAACCA